CUGAUGUCACCAAACUGGAACCCCUCAAUUCAGUUUUGUCCAUAAAGGUUAUAUACAAAAUCGAUGAAAAAGGUGCAGCCGUGGUGGAGUACAACCCUCACUGAAAAUGAAUCCGAAUUACUGCCGGCAAUGUGGACCAAACUGGUGAGCUCAUGAGAAGAGGGACCCAUGUUGCCGCUUCAGGCUGUGCCUGGCUGGGCCCCAUGGGAGCAGGCCCAGCCACCAGGUGCUGGAAUCCUGUAUCAAUCUUUUAAGUUCGAAAGCCGCAUUUGUGAAAGCUUCAUAAUGACAUUUUGGGUCACUUCCUAUUCAUUUUGGGGGCACCUCCUUUUAAUUUUGGGGAACUUCCUGUUCAAUUUGGGACACUUCUGAUUCAUUUCCUGGGGUACUACCUGUUCAAAUUGGGCAGAGGAAUGAACUCAACAGUUUUAAGUUGGAACGUUUGAAUCAGUCAAUGUAUAUGUGUAAUAUGUGGAAUUUAAAGCUAACUCUGUGGGGCCAUUAUUGUUGCAAAACCAUUUGCAAAUGCACAUUUCAAUCCACAAAUAUGUCGAAAGGCUCACAUUUUAGGUUUACAGAUGUUUUUCUUCAUCCUCGAAACAAGGCGGGUCGAGUUGAUGCCAAAAGAAUCUACUUUGUUGUGAUUUGACCACAGCACUUUCUCCCAAGACUUGUCUGAUUCAUGAGGAAUGUGGCCAAUAGUCCUAUAGUAUGGGGGAAGAGUGACGAUACAGGGGAGAAGAGAUAGCUAGGGUGGAGGACUUUAAAUACUUGGGGUCAACCGUCCAGAGCAAUGGCGAGUGUGGUCAGGAAGUGAAGAAACGAGUCCAAGCAGGUAGAACGGGUGGAGGAAGAUGUCAGGUGUGUUAUGUGACAGAAGAGUCUCUGCUAGGAUGAAAGGCAAAGUUCAGAAUCAGAAUCCUCUUUAUUUGCCAAGUAUGUCCAAAAACACACAAGGAAUUUGUCUCCGGGAGUUGGAGCCGCUCGAGUACGACAACAGACAGUCAAAUUACAGAGAACACUUUUGAGACAUAAAGACAUUGAGAAAAACAGUCACUGAGCAAUAAAGGGUUGAUAGUUAUCUGGUAAUGCCGGUACUUUUUUUUUUUUUUUUUUUUGACAAUUGUGCAAAAAGAUGCAGAGUCCUCUAGCACUUAGAGCAGUUCGAAAGACUGAUAUUGCAAUAGCCCGGUGCAAUGACCAUUGUGCAUAGGGCGCCGAGACUUCAAGCGAGUAGUGCAAUAAUCUGGGACAAUGUUGAUUGUGCAAAUGUUGCAGAUACUCCUCAAUCAGUGUGCAAAUAAGGCAGAUGCUACUCUGGCUUGAGUGGCCAGUAUUGGUCAACAACAGAUAUGCAAAUAGUGCAGCGUGGCGAGACUACUACAGUGAGUGCACAAGUAAUGUAUAAUUGGUCCCACAGAAAUGUGACAACAAACGCAAAAAUUGCCAGCAUGUUGUAAUGGAAUUGUAGGUUAGGUGUUUGAAGUUGAUUGCAAGAGGGAAGAAGCUGUUGGAAUGUCUGCUAGUUCUAGUUUGCAUUGAUCAGUAGCGCCUACCCGAAGGAAGGAGCUGGAAGAGCUGGUGACCGGGAUGUGGAGGGUCAGAGAGGAUUUUGCAUGCUCGUCUUAGUUCUGGCAGUGUGCAAGUCCUCAAGGGUGGGUAAGGGGGUACCGACAAUCCUUUCAGCAGUUUGAUUGUCCGUUGCAGUCGGAGUUUGUCCUUUAUAAAACAGUUUAUAAAACAGUGGUGAGGCCAGUGCCACUGUCUCUAAUACGUUUAGAGACAGUGGCACUGAAGAGACAACAGGAAGCAGAGCUGAAGGUGGUGGAAAUGAAGAUGUUGAGGUUCGCUCUCGGAGUGACCAGGCUGGAUGAGCUCAUCAGAGGGACAGCCAAGGUUCGAUGUUUUGAAGACAAAGUUAGAGAGAGCAGACUUCGAUGGUUUGGACACGUCCAGAGGAGAAAUAGUGAGUAUAUUGGUAGAAGGAUGAUAAGGAUGGAGCUGCCAGACAAGAGAGCUAGAGGAAGACCAAAGAGAAGGUUGAAGGAUGUCGUGAGGGAAGACAUGAGGGCAGUUGGUGUUCGAGAGGAGAAUGCUGUAGAUAGACUUAGAUGGAAAAAGAUGACGCCCUGUGGCGACCCCUAAAGGGACAAGCCGAAAGGAAAAGAAGAACACACUUCCUUGAGAUGCUUCCAUACCUCAAGAGGCAUUUUUCCAUGACCCUUCCUGCCAGUUUCAGAGGGAAAAACACUACUCGACCAGAUUAUGAGCACCAAAACUCCAACUUCUACGCUAUCUCUGCCAUGGAUGGAGUGCCCUUCAUGAUCUCUGAGAAGUUUGCAUGUGCCUCAUCAGAAUUGCAGCAAGUGGAUCUCAUUGGCAUUACCAUCAAAACAUUGGCUGAAAUUGAGAAAGAAAGACGGGACCGUCCACCAUCGUGGAGCUGCGGACAGUCCCAGACAGAAGCCUUGUUGGCUGCAGUUGGGACAGCGAUGAAGUCCAUAGCCCUCCACCAAGACAAUGAAGGAGGGUCCGACAGCCGAGGCCGAAGAGCAGCACCGAUGUUCAUAGCACAACUGAAACGAAGAGCCACCACUGAAGGGGGACGGCGACCACGGCAGAAUGAAUGGGAGAAAGUUGACCAGGGUCCAACAACACUGUGGCAUUUUGUCCCAGGUCCUGUGUGUGCAUUUACUGUAUCUGUAAAAGCCUUUUUAGGAUGCAUUUUGAAUGGUGUGUUCAUGCCGUUCAAAACGCAACGCUGCGUCAAGGUGGGCGCUUACCAUUGCGGCGCUGCGCCUCGACUUGAAAUGCUUGUUCUUUUUUUAAACUAUCUUUAUUUAACAACAUUUCAACGAUACACUUGAGUUGAUAGCAUUGCUGUGGCGUCAAACAGCGUAUCCAAUAAUAGAAAAGUGCCCCCCAAAAAAUCUUUUCGAGGAUUGUAGAAAAACCCUUUUCGAGGAUUGUAGAACUAACGAAGAAAAGGAACAGAUUUUGUUGUGAAUUUUCACAACGAAGUCCAUUCCUCUGAUAUGAGAGUGGCACUUAACCAAGGUGAAUGGCAACAGCAAAAUUCCCAUUCACUUACAGUAAAUGUUCAUUGAAUUUAAUUUUUUUUGUUGUCGUGAAAAUCAUGUUUUGUUGGUUUGUUCUUUUAACACUGAUUAUGUGUGCAACUGAUGCGUGAUUCAUUUUGUGCAUGACCUGGAUGACAGAGAAUCUACACAGACAAAAAAAAUAUAUACCUGUUGUGAAUUUGAAAUAAACCAUAUUUUAUUUUUAAAAUGAGGAAGUGUUCUGUGAACUCCAGAUGAAACUUGCGGUGUUCCGUACCUCCAACAAGGGUAAGAACCACUGCAGUAGGGGGUCUUCUGCUGGGAUAGACCAGCCAAUUAUAGUGCAGCGGCGCGUGUCCUGGAGCUGAAUCUGACUUUGCAGCUGCUUUGAUGCGUAAGCAUCAUUAAUUUGAACUACCUCAAAGCCAGUGUCUAGAAGUAUUCAUUUGUUCCUGCUCAACGGAAGCGCCGUUCAUCCGGAAGAACGGCGCAACAAA